GUAGAUCUAGAAGGAUCCAGUGAUUUGCAGGACAAGCUGCGUCGACUUCAAGAGUUUUCAGCCUGCGAUGUGUCGGAUGCUUUGCUCAAACUCCAAAAGGUCAAACCUGGUGAGGUUGCGCGGGCAGGUUUUUUAGCAGACAUCGUACCCUUCGUUUUGCCGCCAUCGUCACAAAAAGACCAGGGGAAGAUUAUAGCUCCCGCGUGCACUUUGAAGCUGGUGUCCAAGCAAUCGAAACCAGACACCUCACCACCAACCGAAAACCUUGUUCCCAAGGGUAGCCACUGGGUCGACCUGACGGAGCCCGGCAGCAUCGUUGUUAUUGAGCAACCAGAGGGACAGAAAUGCGCAGCAGUCGGUGGAAUAAUGGCCCAAAGGAUGAAGGUCAGAGGGGUGGCAGGCUGCGUAGUGGGCGGACGAGCAAGGGACCUGGCAGAGCUGCGAAGUUCCGAACUCCCAAUAUUUGCCAAGGGACGGUCCACAGUUGGGACAAAUGCUGAAUCAGUCGUGUAUGCACGCAAUAUUCCUGUGUCGAUCACCGGAGUGGAAGUGUCUGCGGGCGAUAUUGUCUUCCUAGACCCUGAAGAAGGUGUCGUUGUAAUUCCACGGGGCCUUCUUGAUGGGACUCUGUCCCUGAUGCCCAAGUUGGUGUCAGCGGAUGAUAAAGUCAAGGAGGCAGUGAUUGAUGGCAUGACAGUAGCCGAAGCAUUCAAGAAAUUCCGUGGGUGA